CCGGGCACAGAGGAAGGCACAGAGAGCUGGUAAGAAACCAACUCCAGGAACUUCCAGCAUCCAGAAUCCAUCUGAGAACAUGCUGCCACAAAUAGCCCUUCUGCUGCUAAUAUCCUUGAACUUGGUCCAUGGAGUAUUUUAUACUGAGCGAUACCAAACACCUACAGGCAUAAAAGGCCCACCAUCCAACACCAAGACACAGUUCUUCAUCCCUUAUGCCAUAAAGAGUAAAGGUACAUCAGUAAGAGGAGAGCAAGGUAUUCCUGGUCCACCAGGCCCUGCUGGACCUCGAGGGCACCCAGGUCCAUCUGGACCACCAGGAAAACCAGGCUAUGGAAGUCCUGGACCCCAAGGAGAGCCAGGGUUGCCAGGACCGCCGGGACCAUCAGCCACUGGGAAGCCAGGUUUGCCAGGACUCCCAGGAAAACCAGGAGAGAGAGGACCAUACGGACCAAAAGGAGAUAUUGGACCAGCCGGUUUACCAGGACUACGGGGCCCGCCAGGGCCACCUGGAAUCCCCGGCCCAGCCGGAAUUUCUGUUUCAGGAAAACCUGGGCCACAGGGACCUCCAGGAGCCCCGGGACCCAGGGGCUUUCCUGGAGAAAAGGGUGCACCAGGAGUCCCUGGUAUGAAUGGACAGAAAGGGGAAACGGGAUAUGGUGCUCCUGGCCGCCUUGGUGGCAGGGGCCUCCCAGGUCCUCAGGGUCCCAUGGGACCACCUGGCCCUCCUGGAGUGGGAAAAAGCGGUGAAAAUGGGUUUCCAGGACAGCCAGGUAUCAAAGGUGAUCGGGGCUUUCCAGGUGAAAGGGGGCCAACUGGUCCACCAGGCCCCCAAGGUCCUCCUGGGGAACAAGGACCAGAAGGCACUGGAAAGCCAGGAGCCCCUGGAGCCCCAGGCCAGCCAGGGGUUCCAGGGACAAAAGGUCACCCUGGGGCUCCAGGAAUAGCUGGGCCCCCAGGGGCUCCUGGCUUUGGGAAACCGGGCUUGCCAGGCCUGAAAGGACAAAGAGGACCUGUAGGCCUUCCGGGGGGUCCGGGUGCCAAAGGGGAACAAGGCCCAGCAGGUCAUCCCGGGGAACCAGGUCUGACUGGACCCCCUGGGAAUAUGGGACCCCAAGGACCAAAAGGCAUUCCAGGCAACCACGGGAUCCCAGGCCCUAAAGGUGAGAUGGGGCCAGUCGGGCCUGCAGGAUACCCUGGGGCUAAGGGAGAAAGGGGCUCCUCUGGGUUAGAUGGAAAACCAGGGUACCCAGGAGAACCGGGUCUCAGUGGUCCCAAAGGUAACCCAGGGUUGCCGGGCCCAAAAGGUGACCCUGGAAUUAGAGGACCUCCUGGCCUCCCAGGCCCUGCGGGCCCAGCAGGAGCUAAGGGAGUGCCUGGGCACAAUGGUGAGGCUGGGCCAAGAGGUGCCCCUGGAAUGCCAGGUACUAGAGGUCCCAUCGGGCCACCAGGCAUUCCAGGAUUCCCUGGAUCCAAAGGGGAUCCAGGAACUCCAGGUCCUCCUGGUCCAGCUGGCAUAGCAACUAAAGGUCUCAAUGGACCCACUGGGCCACCAGGUCCAAGAGGGCACGCUGGAGAGCCUGGCCUCCCAGGGCGCCCGGGGCCCCCAGGCCCCCCAGGGCCCCCAGGCCAAGCAGUCGUGCCCGAGGGCUUUGUGAAGGCAGGCCAGAGGCCUUUUGUUAGUGCCAACCAGGGAGUAACAGGAAUGCCUGUGUCUGCUUUCACUGUUAUUCUCUCCAAAGCUUACCCAACUAUAGGUACUCCUAUCCCAUUUGAUAAAAUUUUAUAUAACAGGCAACAGCAUUAUGACCCAAGAACUGGAAUCUUUACCUGUAGGAUUCCAGGAAUAUAUUACUUCUCCUACCACGUGCAUGUGAAAGGGACCCAUGCUUGGGUGGGCCUGUAUAAGAACGGCACCCCUGUAACGUACACCUAUGAUGAGUACAUCAAAGGCUACCUAGAUCAGGCUUCAGGGAGCGCCAUAAUCGAUCUCACAGAAAAUGACCAGGUGUGGCUCCAGCUGCCCAACGCAGGGUCGAAUGGGCUAUACUCCUCUGAGUAUGUCCACUCCUCUUUCUCAGGAUUCUUAGUGGCUCCAAUGUGA